CGCAGAGCAGCUGCGCUUGGCCUCAGUUCCUGCCAAGGGGCGGCGCUACAGCCAAGCGCUGAUGAGUUUGGCCGUAGUUUGGGACAGAACAAGUCCCAGGCUUUACGAAGAUAUCUGCCGCUCCGCUGUUCUGCUCUUGCCGCACCGAAAGACUCUCCGACGACUCACAACCGCGCUGAGCGUCAGAGAGGGGCUAGAGAUCGGCACGGUGAACUACCUGAAGAUGAGACUUGCAAAACUGAGCGAAAGAGAACGGCUAGUGAACCUCGCAAUGGACGAGGUCUACACGGCCCGAGCGGUGGAACUGGCUGGUGGACGCCUGUACGGCGAGGGAAAGGAUGGCGUCACCAGUACCAUAUUCUGCACUUUCAUCUCAUCUGUCGCUGGUAGCUAUGAGGAUAUCAUAUCCAUGUCUCCAGUGACCAGCAUCACCACAUCUGACAUCAGAAACAUCUUCUUCACGGUUUUGAAAACUUUGACGGAGAUCGGAUUCACCGUGGUCUCGUGCACAACCGAUGGCCACCGAACUAACCAGGGGUUUCACAACUCCCUCGGUGAAGAUGGACGUCAUCCAGAGUUCAUCAUCAACCCAUACAGCCCAGACGCCAGGGUGUACACGAUGUUCGACACUGUGCACCUAUACAAAAACUUCUUUUUCAACCUCCUGAACAAGAAAACUCUCAUCUGCCAGCUCCCAACUACCGAGACAGUGGUGAAAGCAGAGUACAACCACCUGCAGCAACUGUACAGGAUGGAAAUGGGACAGGACAUCAAAAUGGCCUAUCGACUGACAGACAGGGUAAUUCACCCCACAACUGUCGAGCGUGUCAACGUUCAGCUGGCCGUGGCAGCCACUCAUGAAACUACCGUGGCAGCCCUCAGGUUUUAUGGCCAGAAGGAGGAACACUGCAACUUCAGACAGACGGCUGAUUUCUUGGAGAUGCUGAAGAAGUGGUUCAGCAUCGUAAAUGUAAAAACUCCUUACACACAUGUGCGUCUGCGCGACUCCAUCAGAGCCCCACCAAGCAGGGAAGAGAAGUGUGGUCUGAAAUAUCUCGCCGACUUUGGAAAGAUGCUCGAAGCCUGGCAAAACAGGACCGGAGCGGGCAAGAUGUCAGCUGACACGACACAGGCCGCCAUCUACACGUGCAGAGGCUUGAUCGGCGUGACCCAAUACCUACUGGAAAAGCACGGCGACCUAGUGCAUUAUGUUCUGCUGGGCAAAAUCCAGUCUGACCGAAUCGAGAGCCGGUUCGGUUAUCUGAGGAAGCUGGCUGGAGGAAAUUUCUGGGCGAGCGUGAGGCAGUUUCUCGAAGGUGAGGCGGUCAUUCGUGUGAAGAGUCUCGUCUGGCUCUCUGGCUACAGUCUGGGCACAGUAUCUGCCCAGAUGGAGGAGGCCCGCAAACAACGGCAACGAGAUGACUCCGAGGUGGUUAAGACGCUCGUAGACAUCACCUCCUCUGCAGAACAUGAGGCCUUAUCAGAAGGAGCAGAACAAGCGCUCAUGCAUGUGGCUGGCUACCUCGCUCGUUCUGCCCUGAAAAGGAGGCCAUGUCACGCCUGUCACGCGCUUCUGGUGAACGAGAGCCCUCGCCAGCUGGAAGAAGUGCGUCUGGACGCUGACCUCGAGCAUCACGGGGACGGUGCGGCUGGCCUGGCUGAAGCCAUCAAAACAUUUACCGACCUCCUGAAUCGGGGCAAGCUUCUCUAUCCCUCGGAGCUGGCUGUUGAGCUGUCUAUGAACAUCUGCCAUGUGUACAGGUGGCUCAUGCAGGACGACGCUUCGCGGUCUGCUCUGCUCGGUUGCUCCGAGCCACGCUCCUGCUUCGAGAAAGUGAUGACCACUAUCGGCGAGCAAGACAGUAGCCUUGCAGGCCUUAAGUGCGAGAGCGGCCAUGACUUCCUGUUAGUCUACGGAAGGAUGGCCAGCGCUCUAUUCAACGUCUUUGCGUCAAACUAUGCUACGGAAAUGAAUAGUGCUAUUCAUUCAAGCAAGGGCAGAAUGACGUCUCAGAUGACGACACGUGAACAAAGUCGAGACAAGAUCAGAAAGCUGAACAGCGGAAAGAAAUAAGGGAGACGCUAGGGUGCACGCGGCAUCGGAUCUGAUCUGCAGUGACUUACCGUCCCAAGUAACGUCCCAACAUAGUAAGAUUUAUACAGAUGUAUCUAUUGUACAUUCGCUUGUAUCCUUGAAUAUUCGCGUGGCGGCUUAAUAAUUGUGCAGAUUAUACGUAAUGUGUUUCGAUAUGUCAAUAGUCUCAUUGUACUAUGCCACCAUGUUUGGUGGAGUGGUGCGCCAUUAUGCGUUGUGUUCGAUUUUAUGUCUUGAGAUCGUGGACGCUCAGCUGUCUCGUUGAUUUUCAGCUGAUGUAUCGCCGCGUGUUCGUCUCGCUGACGUUCAGCUGCCUUGGCGGCGCUCGUUUGCCUUGUUCGUGCCAGAUGUUUUGUUCUAAAUGCCUAAUUUUGAGUUCGGAGUGUAAAGUCACUGUCUCGGUCAUAAGGAUGAAACACUUGUUAUUGUGUAUGUCCGUGUUUGCACCAGCUCUAGAAAU